GAUCUGCAUCCCCAUCUUCUCCAAGAAUUACGCUUCCAGCAAGUUGUGUCUCCGGGAGCUUGCGGCAAUGGUGGAGAGCAAGGCGAAAUCGGGCGGUGGGAAAACGAUCGUCCCCAUAUUCUACGACGUGGAACCACGUGAUGUUAGGCUUUUAACCUCUCUGUACCGCGAUGCACUAUCAAUACACAAGGAGAAUUUAGGGUCCGACAGAGUAGAAGCGUGGGAAUAUGCUCUUGCAGAGGUUGCAUCAUUGCGUGGAUGGGUCAGGGGAUCCGGAAGGCCGUCUCACAUAGUCAGAGAAGUCACAGAAAUGGUGGUCAAGCUGAAGGUAAACCAUGUACAUAGAGAUUGGGAUAAUAUUGCAAUGAAGAAAGGGAAAGACUCAAUAGAUGCAACAGAAAAGGGCAGAGACAUGGCCUUGGGUACCAACUACGCUGAUGUGUACUUGAGUUUCAGAGGAGCCGACACUAGCUCUGUAUUUGUUGAAUUCCUUUGCCAUAGCUUGUCUGAUGCUGGAAUCUGCUUCUUCAAAGACAACGAAGAGCUUCCACCCGGUGAAGAAAUUGGUCAGGAGCUGCUGAGAGCAAUCAACAGAGCCAGGAUCUACAUCCCCAUCUUCUCCAGGAGCUAUGCUUACAGUGCGCGGUGUCUCCGGGAGCUUGCCGCAACGGUGGAGAACAAUGAAAAGUCAGAUGAUGGGAAAACGAUCAUCCCCAUAUUCUACGACGUGGAACGUCGGGAUGUUUGGCUUAUAACCUCUCAGUACGGCAAUGCCCUAUUGCAACAUGAGGAGAUAUAUAUGUUCGAGGAAGUACGAGCAUGGAGACAUGCUCUCAAAAAGGUUGGUUCAUUACGUGGAUGGGACACAAGAUCUAGCAGUACGUCUCACAUAGUCAGAGAAGUCACAGGAAUUGUGGUCAAGCUGAAGGUAAACCAUGUGCAUGUGAAUAAACUCAUAUUUGACUCCCAUUUCUAAUUAUCAGUAGUCGAUAACAGAAACUGCUUGAAUAUAUUUCCUUAGUGGAGUGUUCACUUUAUGGGAUGUAAGACUAUUCACACAAGUCUUAUAUACAGGAGUAUGCAUGGCAUGGCAAACAACUUUACCUUAGAAGUCCAGUUAUGGAAGUAAUCAGUCAUGAUUUUUGAUGAUUUUUGUAUCUCUAGAGAGAUAGGGAUAACAUUGCAAAUGGAGUAUAAUUAUCUGAAGGUUGAUUACAUUCCCAUUAAUUCUAUAUCCUAACUUGUUGUAUGGUUGAAGUGUUGUAUCAACAUAGGUGGAUCAUUUACUAGGAUUUGACUGGUGGGUUUUCUGUGUUGUUUCUGAAGUGCAGCAAGAAAUAAAAGGAAAAUUAAAUUCAAUUUUUACACUUUUUCAUUUCCUGCAGCAGCUUUCUUGUUUACAGUUUAUUUUCUUGCGUCGAAGUUCCCAAAGAAAGAUGAAGCAA